UCAAUAAUAUACCGGAGAAAGUUAUUAGAUCCUAUAGAGGAUUCAACACAGCAAGAAUUUAAUGAUCCUCAAAAUAGCAUGAUUUCGUUUGAAAAUAAUCACGUAAAUUUUAACGAUCAAGAUAGUAGUAUGAACUCUAAUCAACAAGAUAAUAUGAAUUCUAACAAUCAUAUGCCAAUGAAUUAUUCAUAUGACCGAGAAAAUGGACAUUCAAAUCCUGAAAAUGAACAAUUGUUUAAUGAUAAUGAGAGAGGUUCUUUCAGGAAAUUUGGAGAUGGUCAAGUUGAAAAUAAUUAUGGAUCUUCUGCAUAUAGAGGUGAUCCUCAUGAAUCAUCUCUAAAUAUGAUAAAUGGAUCACCUCCAGUAUCUCAAGGAAGUCCACUGUUUGGAGAAAGUCAAAUACCACCAUUUAAUGAACAAGAUAGAAAUGGACAGGCUGAAAGUCAAUCUACUAAUCAGUUAUCUUUAUUAUUACAAAUGCCAUCUGUAAUGCCUCCAAAUAAUGGAGUAUCACAAGGCCCACAUGCAUUGAUGUAUUUAAAUGUAUGGGUUCGAAUUAAAGCUGUUGAUGGAAAAUUAUAUUAUUAUAAUGCUAGAACACGUGAAACUACUUGGGAUAAACCAUCCGGGGAUAAUAUUAGUAUAAUUUCUUAUGAAGAGGUUGAAAAACUUAAUAAUCGUAAUACUAAUAAAAUUGCUAAACAUAAUGAAGGUGAACAAACUCCUAAUGGUGUUGAAAUGAAAAAUAUUGAAGACAAAUCAUAUAAUAAUGUUGGAGUAUGUCCGUUGGGUAGAGUUCCUGGCCAAAUGAUGCCUGCAACAAAUUUUACAUCGUUUAGUGAACAACCACUAUUUGAUGUGAAAUCUCCAGAAUUUCUACAAGCAGCUCCAUGGAGUAAAAUGCACCCAGGAUUUACACCUUCACCUAUGACAAUACCUGGAAUGGAACUCGAUAGUCAAAUAGAUCCAGUGAUUUUAGCUAAUGCUGCCGAAUGGUUAGAACAUUGUUUACCUAAUGGAUCAGUCUAUUAUUAUAGUAUGAAAACAUUUGAAUCAGUGUGGAAAAAACCUGAAGCACUUAAAAAUCUUGAUAUGGCUAGAAAUUUUUUUGCUGCAAAACAAAGAAAAGAAGCUGAACAAAAAAUGGAACAGAAGUCAAAUCUUCAAAUGGACAUGGGUUCCCUUUCUGAAUCAAUGAAUGGUUCGAAUUCAAAUAUUGGCUCCGUUAAAAGAAAAGAUGAAGAAGUUCAAGAGCCUAAUAAAAAAGCUAAAAUUGACGAAAACCCCAAAAUUAAAGUCUUAACUAAACCUGUAUCUUCUAAAUCUGUUGAAGGAACUCAGUGGUGUAUAGUAUGGACAGGAGAUGGUCGUGUAUUUUUUCAUAAGCCUUCAACCAAUACAUCAGUUUGGGAAAAACCAGAUGAUCUUAAAGGAAGAUCUGAUGUUGAAAAAAUGGUAUCAAAUCCACCAAAAGGAGUUCAAGCUUUUAAAAAUGAUGAAGAACAAUCACCAACUAAAAAUACAAAGCCUGGUGAUACAACUUCACAAGAAAGUACUAUCAAUACUAAAAAUGAUGUUCAACUUUUAAUUAAAAAUUUAACAAAGGAUUCGGCUAUAGAAAUAGAAUUUCUAGCAGCUAAAAAAAGAGCAGCAUUACCAUUAGAGACUCGAUUAACUGAAUUUAGAGGAAUGUUAUCUGAGAAAAAGGUCUCUGCAUUUAGUACCUGGGAAAAAGAAUUACACAAAAUAGUAUUUGAUCCUCGCUAUUUGUUAUUAACAUCAAAAGAAAGAAAAGAAGAAUUUGCAAAAUAUAUAAAAGAAAAUGCUCUCAAAGAAAGACAAGAAAAUCGGGACAAACUGAAAAUAAAACAUAAUGCUUUUAGACAAUUGAUGAAAGAAGCUAAUCUUACAACAAAGAAAUCAUAUAGUGAUUUUAGUUCCCAAAAUUUUAAAGAUAAAAGGUAUAAAAGUAUUGAAAAAUCACGUGUAAGAGAAAAAUUAUUUUAUGAAUACAUGGAAGAAUUACGGAAGCAGGAAAAGAAAGAAAAAACGUUGCAUCAGGAACAGAUUCGAGAGCCGUUUAUAAAAUUAUUAAAGGAGCACACUGAAAUUGAUCGACAUACUCGUUGGUCUGAGAUAAAAAUUAAAUUAAAACAUGACUCUAGAUAUAAAGCAGUUGAUUCCAGUACAUUACGUGAAGAUUUUUUUAAUGAUUAUAUAAGGAUUUUAAAGGAUGAAAGAAAAAAAGAAAAGGAACGAAAACGUAAUGAAAAAUACAAAAAUAAUCAUAAGCGAAUUAAACUAGAUGAGGAAGAAAAAGAAUCAUCUGCUAUAGUUGACUCAAAACAUGAUGAUAAGUCACCUGAGAAACAAAAAAAAGAAUUAAAGGACUCCAAGGAUUCAAAAGAUUCCAAAGAAGCUCGAAUUAAAGCUAGCUUGAAAGAGCGAGAAAAAGAAGUUCAACAUACUUUAGUUGUACAUUUGAAACAAAGAGAAAAUAAGCGUAAACAACAUAAAUAUGAUGAAGCAGUUGUUUAUUUUAAUGCUCUUUUGGUUGACAUGAUUAAAAAUAAUCAUUUGUAUUGGAAAGAAGCAAAAAUGCAAUUAAAAAAAGAUAGCAGGUAUGAUUUAGCAGAUUCAUUAAAUUCUGAAGAAAAAGAAAAGUUGUACAAAAUUCAUGUAAACAAUUUAUAUAAGCAAAAGAAAGAAAAAUUUUGGCAAAUGUUAAAUGAGAUAAAUGACUUAACUUUAGAUAGUUCUUGGAAAGAGAUUAGAGAAUUAAUUAAAGAAGACAUACGAUAUGUGCGAUUUUCAUCUAGAGACAGCAAAUGCGAAAGAGAGUUUAGAAAAUAUUUAAAAUAUAGAAUCAAUACUGCUAAAAAUGAAUUCAAAAAUCUUUUAAUGGAAACUAAAUUGAUUACUCAUUUAUCAAAUGCAAAACUACAUGAAAACCAUGAAACUUAUUUUAAAGAGCUUGUAGAUAUAUUAAGCAAAGACAAACGGUAUUUAUUUUUGGAUAGCAUAGCUGAUGAACGUUUGGAGUUAAUAGUUUCCUAUAUCGAAGAAUUAGAAAAACGUGGUCCACCCCCACCACCUACUGCUACAGAACGGAUCUACGACUACUAUUGAAUAAAUAUUUUUUAAUUUAAAAGACUAAAUUAUUUCUGUUUUUCUAUUACCGUAAU